AUGGGAAGGAAAUUGUCGGCUUCGAGUAAACCGCGUCCUAUAGUGGCGAAAUUUAAUCGCUACCAGCAAAGAGAAGAUGUGAGAGUCAACGCGCAUAAAUUAAAGGGUACAAAGAUAGGUAUAUCUGAACAAUUUCCCGAAGAAAUUGCAAAG